AUGACGCACUCGCUCGACGGCUAUCGGCUCCUUCCUGGUGGCCAUGGUGCUCUGGCAGUGAACCUUCUGCGAGCUCAAGGGCUACCUGCUAUCGUCGCUGCCUCGUACGAUGACAAGAACCUGUCGUCGUCAGUGAACGUCAAGAUUCGGAAGGGGAGGGCGCAGUUUCUAUGCGCAGAGGGACUGGGCGAGGAGAAGGAUUUGAGACCGUUCGACCUGCACGACAAGCAGCAAGUUGAAGGUGUGAGCGCCUCGUGGGUCUUGUUCGAUGACGAGGAUGGGGCAGGCAUGAUCCGCUCUCUCAUGAACCGAGAGCCCAAAGGGCCGGCAUGGCGGCAACCAUACGCCUACAUGAUGGCGAGCAAUUGCUACUUCUCCUCCUACGUGAACAGCUCAAGUGAGGCCGAUGAGAUGCUGGAGAAUGGGAAGGAGGGGACGAGCGAGAAGCUCGUGACUACCGUCGUGAUCGAAGGAUUCCUCCGCUCCCGGCCUCUGAGCGCGGAUCAGCUCGUGCACGUGUCAGGAGUUGGAACGUUCAAAGUUCACUCGAUCUCGCUGACUUCUCCAAGCAAGGAGUUGAUCAGCAAGAGGAAGUUCUCACCGACAGAGAAAGUCGGAGAGCAGGAGAGCCGACCAGAGAACGAUCAGGAGGACGAGAGUGCCGCAGUUGACGGCAUUUCUGAAGCCGAAGAGGUAGGAGACCAUAAGGAGGGCAGGCAGGUCGAAGCAGCCGGUGGAGUGAGAGAGGAAGGGAGCAACGUUUCUGGGAUCCAAGAGCGGCUCCAGGAGGUUAAGACGAAGCGACACAUUGCAAGCUUGUUCGUGGGGACGGAGAAAAAGAAGAUGCAUCCUCAUACCGCCUCCUUCCUCGACGAGCGAGACCCUUCCAACCCCCUCAAGAUGUUCUCCAACCUUCGUUCCCUCUCUGCUGCCCAGCAAGCCCUGCCGCUUGAUGGCAAAGCUGACGGCGAAGUGAACGGCGUUGCGCUUGUUUCCCAUCAAGGCGGCAAGGCUGAACGGCGACUGCGAGCGCAGCUGAGAGGAGAUGAGUGGGAGUUCCUAAAGGGGCUGGAAGGACUGGGAGAGAAGAUCGACUUGGAGGCAGAGAAGGCUGAGUACCUGAGACUUCGAAGGGAAAUUGAAGAUCAAAUUCUAUUUCCGGAUGAAGUUGACACGCCGCUCAACGUCUCCGUCGUCGACACGUACGGCGACUUCACCCCCCUGCACGAUCUUGAGAAAGCCUCUUGGGACCCAACAGCCAACCUGCCAGCAGAGUAUCGACGAAUCUAUCAGUUCAGCAACUUCAAGGGGAUCCAAAAGCGAUCGUUGAAGGCCAACGACCAAUUCCUCAAGUCAGCCAAUGCAGGAGAAGUGGAGGCCGCUCAGCCAGGGCAACACAUCGCCGUCAAGCUUCUUGGAGUUCCCGAGGGACAGGCAGGAGGAGGAGGAGGAGUUCGAGGACUGCUGAACAUGCAAGUGGACAGACACGCGAGCCUUCCAGAACGAGAGAUUGUUGAGAGCGAGGAUGAGCUGGAGUUCCACCUGGGGUUCAGACGAGAAUCCGGUCGUCCGAUUUUCUCGCAUGCUGUCGGCAGCACCAGCACGGGACAGUUGAAAUUCAUUGUGCAGAAAUUUCUACUGUACGAGAAAGGCAAGGUCUUUGCUUCCAUCUUCGCUCCAACCGUGUUUCCCAACGUUCCUGUCCUGAUGUUUCGUCCCAAAGACUCUAGGAUCCACAAGCUCACUGUUGUCGUCCGCUGGAUGUUCUUCUUCGAAUCCGACGUUCGCGCCCUGACCGGCUGCAAGCUGACGAGCAAGUUUGGGCUCGAGGGGGAGCUGCUGGGGCCUCUGGGAACGCGCGGGCUGAUGAAGACCAAGUGGAGCGACAGCGUCUCGUUCAAGGACACAGUCUGCCUGCACCUCUACAAGCGAGUCUUCCCUUCCCCCCUCUCUCCCCCCUCCCCUGUCUCUUAG